CGAUCCAAGCCACUCUCAUGGUACAUAGCUCUUGCUUCUUCCAGUUAGCUCCCCGGCCGUGGUUAAGACUUGGGUUCCAAGCUAGCUAGCUGCAGGCCAGCUAAUAAUUAUUAAGCUGGUCAGGUGGGCUGCGUAGACGGACGGACGGAGAGAGCGGGAGGGAUGGGGCUGAGGGAGAUAGAGUCCACAUUGCCGCCGGGGUUCAGGUUCUACCCCAGCGACCAGGAGCUCGUCUGCCACUACCUCUACAAGAAGGUGACCAACGAGCGCGCCUCGCAGGGCACGCUCGUCGAGGUCGACCUCCACGCGCGCGAGCCAUGGGAGCUUCCUGACGUGGCGAAGCUCACGGCCAGCGAGUGGUACUUCUUCAGCUUCAGGGACCGCAAGUACGCCACGGGGUCGCGCACCAACCGCGCCACCAAGACCGGCUACUGGAAGGCCACCGGCAAGGACCGGGAGGUGCGCAGCCCGGCCACGCGCGCCGUCGUCGGCAUGAGGAAGACGCUCGUCUUCUACCAGGGCCGCGCCCCCAACGGCAGCAAGACCAGCUGGGUCAUGCACGAGUUCCGCCUCGACUCGCCGCACCUGCCACCAAGGGAGGACUGGGUGCUCUGCAGGGUGUUCCAGAAGCAGAAAGUGGACGGCGAGCAAGACAACGCCCGCUCCUCUUCGCCGACCUUCGCCGGCUCGUCACAGGCGGCGCAGGAGCUGCCCGUCAUGGACGCGAGCAGCGACCAGAUGAUGGGCUCGGGCUCCGCUGGCUUCGCCCCGCCACGGCAGGAGGAGAUAUUCUGUGGCCCGAGCCCGCUGAUGAACGCGGCGAUGUGGCAGCAAUACAACUCGCUUCUUCUUGACCAGUACCCGCAGGAGGAGACGGCGAGCGUCUCGCCGACGAUGGGGAUAGGGGCCAGAGGAGGAGCAGGAGACGAGUGCGGAUUCUUCUUCGAUUCGGGGUUCGAGGACAUGGCUACCCUUGGGGCCAUGAGGUUCCCCCAAGGGUGGAGCUGAUGCCGGCCGGUCGUGCGCGUGCGCGCCCAGUGAUCGUUGUGUAUACGUUGUGAAGGAAAAACUAGCGAUUGAAUUAAUUAAUUCCAUUGGUAUUGUAGGUACGUAUAGUGUGAGGUCGUUUAUAAUAUAGAUUGGUAAAAGAUCGAGUGUGUAUGUACCUGCAUGAGAUGGUUUCGUUUCAGUCCCUUGAAUGAUGCCAUUGCCAUGUAUUGCAAUCAUAAAACUCAUAUGUAAAUUAGUACAUCACGAUAAUUCAGAUUUCAGUACACAGGAAA